AUGGAAAAGUUACAGAAUUACAUAGCAGAAGUAUCAGCAAUUGACUUCAAUCGUCUGCAUUUCUUUGAUGCGUCGUCCGUUGUUGUGACAAGUGGAAAUCUGUCUCGAGGGCAUAGUGCAGUUGGCAAGCCUGCAUUCGAAGUUCAACGCUAUGCCUCAAAUGCUACUUAUACGGUAAAUUUGCUCCACAGCGUUAAUGGAAUAUCACACUUUAACAUUCUGAGGGGUCCGUCGAACGGCCUAGAACUGUUACAAUUUUUUGAAGAAGCUCUUGAGCAAGUAGACGCACUUGAAAACCCAGUUGUUAAAAUCAAUGAUGUAAUCGUAAUGGAUAACUGUGGUUUUCAUCACGGCAACGAUGUUGAACCAAAUUUGCGAGAUAUGCUACACGAUGAGAGACGUGCGCAUUUGAUAUAUCAGCCACCCUACCAUCCUUGUUUCAAUACAUGCAAACAAUGUUUUCAUUUCAUGAAAACCGUACUGCGCAGAUAUACUACAUACACCGAGAAGUAUACUGAACUAUGCAUUAGUGAUGCCUUACAGAUGAUAACAGCUGGACAUUCACGGCAGUUCUUUAAAUUUUGUGGCUAUUUAUGA